CAUCACUUCAGCUACCAUACCGCAACAGUUCUAGUAGUUUUAGUCGCACGACGUCUCGAACAUUGUUCGUCAUGCGGCUGGUCAACGUCCAAACAUUAGAAUUCGAGGACUUCAUCGGUGAAGUCGGCAUUGACAUCCCUUUGUACGCGUUCCUCUCUCAUACAUGGGGUGAAGAGGAGGUAUCAUUUGCAGACCACAUCAGUGAACAGAGUUGGUCUAAGAUAGUCUAUGAGAAGAUCCGCGGCUGCUGUAGGAUUGCAAAAUCUGAAGGCUUCCAAUACGUAUGGAUCGAUACCUGUUGCAUCGACAAGUCUUCUAGCGCCGAGCUGUCCGAAGCCAUCAAUUCCAUAUUCAAAUGGUACUCUGAUGCGGCUGUCUGUUAUGUCUACAUAAGCGACGUCGAUUCCUCCGAGGAUCCUACGGCCCUUAAAUCGUCCUUUUCUCUUAGCCGAUGGUUCACACGUGGUGUGUUCCUAGGAUCGGACUGGGUCGAGAUCGGUACGAAGAAGUCCCUUUGCGCGGCGGUAUCGAGAAUCACCCAUAUCGGCCGGAAGAUGCUCGAGGAAGGAAGAUGGGCCACAAGCAGCAUUGCGGAGAAGAUGUCAUGGGCAUCCGGGAGGCGAACCACAAGACUUGAGGACCAAGCUUACUCCCUUCUCGGGCUGUUUAACGUGAGUAUGCCGCUGCUAUAUGGUGAGGGAAGCAAGGCUUUUUUACGGCUGCAGCAAGAAAUAGUCAAGAAAUCCGAUGAUCAGUCUAUCUUCGCAUGGUCAUAUUCCAAGGACAAAUACCUGCACCUGCAGACAUCUGGACUCAUGGCGCUGUCCCCCGAUCACUAUCCCUUUGAGGUUGUUAACCGAAUGGUACGGGUAAGGCUACGGCUAGUGGAUAGGUCGAAGCAUUGA